CCGGAUUAAGCUGGUUAAAUGUGAGCGAGUUAGCGAGCCGGAGAUCAUUCUUCGCUACAGCUCCCGCACUUAGCUUCGCAACUGUAAAACAUCUACGGAUUUGUAAAAGAACUCAGUGUCUUCAUGGACACCAUAGAGAGUGGGGAAAAUUUAAAUGUAAGUUUAAAUAUUCAAUUUAGAUUUCAAAUAUUCUACGAAACCUUCGCUUCACCUUCGAAAGCGCAUCGUUGUGUACUUAUUCACGAGAGCAUAAUUGAAUGGCAUUGCAAUCAGACUUGCCAAAUACUUCGGCUCAGCGCUUAUGAUAGAGUCAAAUCGAGUAUGUCUUUAACCCGUUUCUAACACAAGCAACUGAAUCACUUAAUUUCGGUGAAAAUCUACGUUUUUCGUUAAUUAUUGGCUUUUCAUUUAUACUUCUAAUAGAGUGGAAAUUGAAAGGCUCGUUUUGAACAAUUACGCUCUUGCACAAAUUAAAAUGGGAUUUCAAAUACAAAAACAGUGUUUAAUAGUUGUCGUAGAUCGGCACCACUGUACCUCAUGGCAUGACCUGAUGGACAAAAUUUGCUCAGCGUGCCUCUUGCUGUGGGAGACCAUCCCACCACAUACUGAGGAGGCAGAACAGGGGGGGGGGGGGGGAAAUCUACGAAAGACUAACAUACCAUCGAGGGGAAGAGAAAGGGAUGAGCUCAAUCCAGAUGGGUCACUUAGCUUUUUAAACACCCUUUGACUCCAAAUCUCCCCCCCCCUCCCCUCCUCUCAUCUUAGUACCCCUUUAAACUCUUAGCUGUUAAAUCUACAGUCUCCCCUAAGCUAUUUUCUUGAAAUACCUUUGCUAAAUGGAAAUGUAUGCAAUUAAUGACGUAUCUACCCCACAGCAAAUACACGCGAGACUCUUUAACCACAGCGACAGAGAAUGGUGCACUGCAAAUCAUCAGCUUUUAUCUUGCAACGACACAGGACUGAUUCGUGGUCACUAUUUGUGGGUGAAUGGCAGAUCUGUUUUAUCAAAUGCAACCAAGGAGAACCAAGAAUGUAAGUCUAUCAAGAAAUAUUCUUACAAUCAAAACUACAGAAAUAAUGGGACCUACGCUACAAUCAAAAUAGUCGACACCUUGGAAUAGCAUCACAAUCUUUAACGUUUGAGCCUAAGGGGUGACUUUCAUCUAAUUUCUCACUACGAAAUCACACCUGAAUCGCACACUACGGUCACAAGUAAAAGAAACAUUACUCUUCUCCAAAAUGACAAAUAAGUAGAAAAGAAGGUUUCUUGCCCUGUCUGAACCAGUCAAUAUUUAUAUGUUAUUUGCCGGCUGGGAGGUCCGUAUGGUGAAAAACUGUGACCGAGGUCUUGAAAAUACUGCCCGAGGCCGUAAAAUAUUAAUAUGGUGUACUAAACAAGUGUCUUGUUUAUCACUAUGCUUUUCAACAGCUCAUUUUAAGACCCAUACUCUCCUGGAGCUUUACGAAGACAAGAGAAGACCUCGUCAAGUUGUCAUGUUAGAGCAUAAAAGUGGUUAUGUCCUAGCCAUAAACCAGGAAGAUGACACUGUCAUUGCUAAGGUAUGAUGGCAGAAAAUUUCCUGUUAAUAGUUGCAUGUAAGGGCUAAAUCCAAAACCAAAAAUCAAAAAUCAAGAGUGUCCUUGUCUUAGAAAUUUUUUUAUGGACUUAUUGAAUGAGCAAGAAUCUUACUCACUCACCCAGAAACUCAAUGCGGAAAACUGAACAGAUAUUUCUAUAUGUCCCAUUCUGAAUUUCCUGUGCCAUCAUUAACCAUAACUUGAUAGAAAUCUUGUGCUCAUAAUGUAAUUGCUAAAUGAUAGCCACGCAUAAUCUUAAGACAUAGACUGUCCGUUGAGUGGAGACUCUACAUGAAAACUAGGGGUAUUAGCCCUUUACACCCUAACAUCAGUAUGCAUAUUCUCCAUACUGUUCUCUAUACAUUUCCAAAGGUGCUGACAAGGAGAAUUUGUUUAAUGAUCAAGAGCACCUUGACAUUGUUAUCAUUUCUUUAUUCGUAUGACCUUACUUUUUCAUUCAGGGGGGAUAUUGUAAGGAGAAAUUACAUGCUCAUCAUUCUUAGGAGUUGAGAGUUAAACAGGGGGUCCUGAUGACUUUGGAAUGCUAAUAUUAUACUUCAGUCACAUCCAGGUGUUUAGAUGUAGGAAUUUUUAAGGAAGAGGGCAGGGGGAAGGGGUGGGGAGGGUGCAAACAACUGUGCUUUAUUUGAAUUUAGGAUUAAUGUGCCAGAUUAUGAUUAUUUAUUUUAGAAUAUUACAGAUAGAGUACUGUACU